CAGGGCCUGUGCUAUGGAGUGUAGAGAAGGAGGAACAUCUCUUAUGGAUGCCUGUGCACUGGAUAGGAGAAGUUUAGGACGAUUUUCAGCGCCAUCUCUAUUACUGGCUCACAUCUAAAAGCUUACUUUUUGGUGUUUUAUUUUUAAAUGUUUGUUAAUAUGGAUUCUGAAACUAAAUUGCAAGAUUAUUAAAUGAACAACGUCCAUCUUGCAAAGGUGUAUAAAAUCUUUGCAAAGAUGUUUGAUUUUGUUUGUUUAUUAGCUAUUUGCAUUUUUGAUCAUUAAAGUGAUUAUUUGUUGCGAAUUGUGCUGUCGUUACUUACUCAAUAUGAGUAAACGAGUAAAGGCCUGCUGUGUACCAGGAUGCACGAAUAAGCAAGCGAUAAGACAUUCCAUUUCUAGGAACGAAGACGUUUGCAGAAUUUGGUUGCCAAGAAUAAAUAACCCCAAGUUAAUGCGUGCAAAUACAGUAUUAACAUCACAUAGAAUAUGUGAUAUUCAUUUUGAACAAAUUUGUAGAAACCCCAAUGGCAGGUUAAAAAAACUUUCACUGCCAACUCUACAUUUACCUGGUAUUAAUAAAAUUUUGAAGGGCAAAGAUCAACAAUAUAAAGACUAUGAUGUUGUGAUGAAUAUGGCAUAUGUUAAAUAUAGGAAAAGCUGCAAGAAAGACAACGGUAAUCAUUAAUUAACCAUGGUUAUAAAAUCAUUUUUUCAUAUACCAUUGUAUGUACCAUGCAUAAACAGAAACAUUUUUUAAACACGCUAACAUCUCACUGUUGACAGUCCUAAGCCUGCUAAAGUGUGAAGGAAAAUUUUUUAUUUGUGGAUAUAGUUAUAAAAUGUCAAAAUAAA